AUGUUCCGCAUUUUUAAAGUGUUGCUGGGUGGUGCUGCAAGUGCAGCUGGGCUCUCCCUCCUUGCGCUUUAUGCGCUUCAAAAUAGGCUUGUGUACCCUUCAUGGGCGCAAGGCGCUCGGAAGUACGUUGAUACGCCUGACAACUAUGGCCUCCCCUACGUGGAGCGCCAUCUCAAGACUACCGAUAGAGUUGAAAUUAGAGCUUUUGAUAUAAGAAGAGAAGAUUCAAAUGUGACGUGGCUUAUACUAUGCCCAAAUGCUGGGAACAUUGGGUACUUUUUGCCGGUAGUGGAACUCAUUUAUCGGCGAUUCAACGCUAGUGUCUUCAUAUACUCUUACCGGGGCUACGGUUUCUCGCAAGGGUCUCCUAGUGAGAAAGGUCUCAAGCAGGAUGCAGACGCAGUGAUGGCGUUUUUACAGCAGGAUUCCUUUUAUAAAACCCAAAAACUGUUACUCUAUGGUCGAUCGCUCGGAGGAGCUAAUGCCAUCUACAUUGCUGGGAAUUAUUCACAUGCUUGUGACGGAGUCAUUCUAGAGAACACAUUUUUGAGCAUCCCCAAGGUUAUUCCUCACAUAUUUCCGUGGUUAGCACGUUUCUCGUUCCUUUGUCACGAGAGGUGGAAUUCUGAGAGUGAGAUCGAGCACGUCGACCCUACUCUGCCAUGGCUGUUUCUAUCAGGCAAAAAGGACGAGAUCGUGCCUCCCAAGCAUAUGGAAAGACUAUACAAGCUCUGCCCGAGCGAGAAGAAGUCUAUCGUCGAAUUUCCUAAUGGCUGUCAUAAUGAUACCAUUGUCCAGGAAGGUUAUUGGGACAAGGUCGAAGAGUUUGUAAGAAAAUAUAUGUGA